AUGUCUGACAACGGAGAACUGGAAGACAAGCCGCCAGCUCCUCCCGUCCGGAUGAGCAGUGCUAUCUUCAGUUCAGGGGGCAAAGACCAGUUGUCUGCCAACCACAGCUUGAAACCCCUGCCCUCUGUACCAGAAGAGAGAAAACCUAGGAAUAAAAUCAUCUCCAUAUUCUCUAGCACUGAAAAAGGAAGCAAGAAGAAGGAAAAGGAAAGGCCAGAAAUCUCUCCACCAUCAGAUUUUGAGCAUACCAUCCAUGUUGGCUUUGAUGCUGUUACUGGAGAGUUCACUGGAAUGCCAGAGCAAUGGGCUCGGUUGCUUCAGACCUCAAAUAUCACAAAGCUAGAACAGAAGAAAAACCCCCAGGCGGUACUAGAUGUGCUAAAAUUCUACGACUCCAAAGACACAGCAAAGCAGAAAUAUCUGAGUUUUUCUGCUCCAGAAAAAGAUGGUUUCCCUUCAGGAACACCAACGGUGAGUACCAAUGCCAAAGGUUCAGAACCAUCAACAGCUGUGGCAGAUGAUGAUGAGGAUGAUGAAGAAGCUCCUCCUCCUGUUAUUGCUCCACGGCCAGAUCACACAAAAUCGAUUUAUACACGGUCUGUAAUUGACCCCAUCCCUGUGCCAGCCAGUGACACUUCUGUUGACAGUGCGACAAAAUCAGGUGACAAGCAGAAAAAGAAGACCAAAAUGUCGGAUGAAGAGAUCAUGGAAAAACUACGCACUAUUGUGAGCAUAGGAGAUCCCAAGAAAAAAUACACCAGAUAUGAAAAAAUCGGGCAGGGGGCUUCAGGUACAGUUUUCACAGCUAUUGAUGUGGCAACGGGACAGGAGGUUGCUAUUAAACAGAUAAACCUGCAGAAGCAGCCCAAGAAAGAGUUGAUUAUUAAUGAGAUCUUGGUAAUGAAGGAGCUAAAGAACCCCAACAUAGUCAACUUCCUGGACAGUUACCUCGUAGGAGAUGAAUUGUUUGUGGUGAUGGAGUAUCUAGCUGGAGGCUCACUAACAGAUGUGGUCACAGAAACAUGUAUGGAUGAAGCACAGAUUGCUGCUGUUUGCAGAGAGUGCUUGCAAGCACUUGAGUUCCUACAUGCCAACCAGGUCAUCCACAGAGACAUUAAAAGUGACAAUGUGCUCUUAGGAAUGGAUGGAUCGGUUAAACUAACCGACUUUGGUUUCUGUGCUCAGAUCACCCCAGAGCAGAGCAAGCGCAGCACUAUGGUUGGAACUCCUUACUGGAUGGCUCCUGAAGUGGUCACGCGGAAAGCAUAUGGCCCUAAAGUGGAUAUCUGGUCUCUGGGCAUCAUGGCUAUUGAGAUGGUGGAAGGAGAACCCCCAUACCUCAAUGAAAACCCCCUGAGGGCUUUAUAUUUGAUAGCAACUAAUGGCACACCAGAGCUGCAGAACCCCGAGAAACUGUCCCCAAUAUUCCGGGAUUUCUUGAACCGAUGUUUGGAGAUGGAUGUAGAGAAAAGAGGAUCAGCCAAAGAAUUGCUACAGCAUCCCUUCUUGAAACUGGCCAAACCUCUGUCUAGCUUGACGCCACUGAUCUUGGCAGCCAAAGAAGCAAUGAAGAGUAACCGCUAACAUUACUGCCACAGCCU